UUGCAAAGGUAUAUAUUGUAACACGGGGUUGGAACGUGAGGAGAGAGUGCUUCAGCUACAGAAUUGAAGUAGAAAAUUUAGACACAAUUCUCAGUCUAGCAUCUGUUUUCCACGUGAUAACAGAAUGGUCGACAGUGUUUAUCGUACGCGUUCACUCGGGGUGGCUGCAGUCGGUCUUCCAGACCAGUACGCCGAUGGAAAAGCUGCGAAAGUGUGGCAGCUCUAUAUUGGGGAUACGAGAAGGAGAACGGAAGAGUACAGAAGUUGGGUCCUGUCUUUGCUGAAAAAGCAUGGCUGUCAAAAGGUCCUGGAUGUUGCUUGUGGCACGGGAGUGGACUCCAUCAUGCUGGUGGAGGAGGAAUAUAAGGUGGUGAGUGUGGACGCCAGUGACAAAAUGCUGAAAUAUGCCCUGAAAGAGAGGUGGGAGAGAAGAAAGGAGAAAGCUUUUGACCAGUGGGUGAUUGAGGAGGCCAACUGGCUCACUUUGAAGGAGGAUGUGCAGAAGCCAGGCGAUGGGUUCGAUGCCGUCAUCUGCUUGGGCAACUCUUUUGCUCAUUUGCCAGAUUUUAAAGGGGAUCAGAGCGAUCAAAAGCUGGCCCUUCACAACAUCGCCAGUAUGGUGAAGCCGGGGGGCAUCUUGAUCAUUGACCACCGGAACUAUGACUACAUUCUAGAGACUGGCAAGGCACCUCAGGGAAAGAAUAUAUACUAUCAGAGUGACCUGAAGCAGGACAUCGCCACCUCUGUGCUGUGGGUGGACAACAAACCCCACAUGAUCACCCUGGAUUACACUCUGUCGCUCCGGGACGGAGAGGAUGAGGAGACAAGUAAGUUCCGUCUGUCCUACUACCCUCACCGUGUGGAAAGCUUCAAGGAACUACUCAAGGGUGCCUUUGCUGGAAAGUGUGAGCAUACUGUCUACGGUGACUUCAAAGCCUACACACCUAACCAGGCCCAAACACCAUGCUAUUUUGUUCAUGUGCUCAAGAGGACAACCUAGAACCAAUCAAAAAAUCUGUGGGGAAGUGAGCCAUUGAGCCUUCCAGUCUCCUUCCAUCAUGCAGUCUUCUAGACCCACAUCUCCUCCCCACUUGCGUUCUACAGUACCAUGCAAAGGUUUUAGGCAUUUGAGAACAAAAUAGUGUAAUGUGAGGGUGCUUUCAAAACUACCUGAAUUACAUGCGAUAGUGACACAACGACAUGAAUAUUGUUUACUUAUCAAAUUACAACAUACAAUGUGUAGUAAAACAAACAAAAUCAAAUCAAUAUAUAGUGCAACCUUCUUUUGUCUUCAAAACAGCAUCAAAUUGCCUAUAGUUACACUUGUAGGUUUUUUUAAUUUUUUUUAAUUAAGGUACUUGGCAAGUAGGUUGUUUCAAGCAUUUGGGAGAACCUUCCACAGCUCUUCAGUGGAUUUAUACGGUCUUGAUUCUUUCUGUCUCUUCAUGGAUUCCCAAGUUACACUGGUGUCUGUCAGUGCUGAGCUGAUAGCCUUAGGCUUUCAAAACGCAAUGGGGUCUGUUACUGUUACUUUCUUUCUUUAAUGGCAUAUAAAUGUCUCACUGGAAUACUUCACUAUUUUCAAAAAGAGUGUUUGAAAAUGAUCAAAUAUGAUAUUUUCUAUUAACACAUGCUAAUAAGGAUAGAAAAUAAUAACAAGAAAAUAAUCUUGUGAAACAAUUUAAAUGCCUAAAACUGUUGUGCAGUACUGUAGUUGUGAAUCAAAGAUGAUUUUUUUCAAUUAUGGCUCUUCCUAAAACUCCAAAACAAACAAAACCAAAACAGUCUUAAUCAUGGCUUUUGAGUUUACCAGUGUGCCCUGUGAUUUUAUAAGGCUCGUUGUCUUGUUUGUAGAUUUAAGUGCCUCGCUUCAUGUUGAACGUUCAGCUUCUUCCACACAGUUCACAAUAAUUCUCUGUUGUGCCUUUGCUUUUACUGUGUCCUACUGUCUUUAAUGUGAACUACUCCGGAGCGAGUGUGUGUUUUAAAGUGUGUGUUCUUUUACUGUGUCCUACUGUCUUUAAUGGGAACUACUCCGGAGCGAGUGUGUGUUUCAGAGUCUUCUUUCAAAUUUGACCCUGCAUUAUUAAAAGUGUCCCUCUGUCAUUAUUAUUAUUAUUAUUAUUAUAGUAAUAUUGUAGGACUUGAGGCUUGAUUAAGUCUUUUUGUGUAUUUUAGGGAUGCAGAAUGAGUUGCUAAAAUGGCAUCUGAGUAUAAUUACACUCAAGUUUGGAACAUUUCAUAAUGAAGGGUCGCUGUAAUGAACUAGCUGACCUGGUACCUCUCUCUUGGCAUUUUGUUUUUUUAGAUUGAUGGCUAAAACAAAUUGCCAAAGUUUCAUAUUCAUUGAAUGUAAUUAGGUUGCUGCCCAGCUCGAUCUCUGAGUCUAUGUUGAACCAACAGUCGGAUCCAGUAUGUCAUUUUGACAUCAUUUGUGGUUGUAUAGGUGCAAUAUACUACUUAGUUACACUUUUCAGUCUGUGUUAGGUCAAAUCAUUAUUUCACCAAAUUGUGUAUAUUGUAUAAAAUGAAGUAUUUGCCGUACUCCAGAGUUGAUCUGUUUUCAGAAAUGGUUUUCCAUUCCACUGUAUAACGGUACAAAAGAUCUGAAGAUUAAGCAAAAGCAUCCAUUACACUAACAAUUCAGGUACUAUACCUCUUACUGUCUUACUGUGAGACCAGUUGUGGUUUUGGGCACAAUUCACAUCACAUUUCCCAUUACUUUUAUAGUUUAGCUUUUUAUGGACAUGCUAAGCCAAUACAUACAAAAGUUGAAGCAUGCUAACAACAAAAGACAGGUCAGAAAUGUAAAACCUAUUUCAACAGAGGGCUAUAAGGAGUUAUGAGCCUGAUGGAACCCUCGGUGGAUCGAGCGCACACACACACACACAAUGUGUCUGAAUUUAAUUGUAUUUGUUUGAAAACUUAAAACAGAGCUAAUUGGGAAGAAAUUGCAGCUUUGAGAGUAGUAGUUAUAUGUCGUUUUCUUGUUAGUGUUUUUUAGUAGAAUCUUGUAUGCUUCUAUGAAUUUCAAAUGUCUUGUUUCAGAGCCUUAUAGAAGACAACAUAAUGCUGACUUUGAUGAAUCAUGUCAUUUGAAUACAGAAUGGUGUAAGCCGUUUGAGUGUUUGUCGUCUCUGCAAUGCAGCCAUUAUUAAAAUUGACAGUUUUAUUUCAAA